AUAUCUAUAUAUGCUUAAUCUUCACUGCAUUAUAGCCUAUCCAUACUGCUUAUCUAAUAAUAAAUAAAAUAUUUUAAAUAGAAUUACGACGUGUCGCCCCUCCUCUUUUCCUUGCUGGUACGUGCGAUUGGUUAAUCUUCGCAAGCUGUGACCCGCUAUUGGUUAAAUUACCCGUCUGUCAUCUUCCCGGCCAAUAGGAGCUGAGAGCUGCAAUGUUUUGGUUCAGCGUACUUGGUAACCUCAGCAUCCGCCGGCGUGACUGCGUGCACAAAUGAAUGGGUUUGUAUGUCACGAUGGAGGAUGCAAGCGAUGACAGGACGUUUAAAGGAUUUGUGGAAAAACUCACCCUUGGUAUUACCCGGGUUUUAGAGAACAUUCCGGGUGUGCAAGAUGUACGAUUUGCAGAGAAAGCACCAGCAGAAAAACGAUACCUUCUCUCCUGGGAGCAGAAAAACAACUGUACUUUGCCUGAAGAUCUGAGAGAUUUCUAUCUCACAACUGAUGGGUUCACACUUACCUGGAACUCCAAGCUGGAAGAUAAAGUUGUCUCUGUGGGUUGCAUGGUAAUUAACAGUAUUGCUCAGCUACGCCCUCUGCUGCAGUCAAAUGUGUAUUCCCUUCCCAAUGCACCUACUUUAGCUGACCUUGACUUUGAUGAUGAUAUAGAAGAAUCCAAUGCUCCAGAUCCACCUCAUUUUGAUUCUCGCAGUCGAAUAUUUGAGCUGGACCCGUGCAAUGGUAAUGGCAAAGCCUGCUUGGUUUACAAGGGCUGCACUCCAGGUGUAACGGCCCAGCAGUGUGAGGUAUGGUUUUUGGACCGAUCACUUUUCUGGCAUUAUCUCACCCCCUCGUUCACUGCUUACUACCGCCUUAUGAUCACUCAUCUGGGGCUUCCUGAAUGGCAGUAUAAUUUCACACCAUAUGGCCCUAGUCCACAAGCUAAGCAGUGGGCCGCCCUCUACCAACCCCUUACGUUCCACGUAGACGCCCAUCCAGAUGCAACCAAUGAUUCUGUACUGAACAAACUGGACCCGGCCAAGGCGUUCAAUGGCAAAACCAAACCACCCACCCCCAAAAAGAAACAAGCACAGGUUUCAGCCACAACUAAAGGCCAGGGGGUUUCGGGAAGACACGGAGUGAAUAAACGAUGACUUCAUCACACUGCCAAAAGCCUAUGAGAUAUGCAUACGAACAUGUUGACUGAAGUGUUGUACGCUUGAUAUUUAUUAAAAAAAAUCAGACUUUUGGCA